UAGUUUCCUUAAAACAGUGAUGGAGGAAGAGAAAGGAAACCUAGCGGGAAAGAGAGGGAUGGAGGAAGGAGAAGAUGGAAACGAGAAGCAGAAGCAGAACGCAAGCGCCACUCGACCAUCUCUGAAAUCAGAUUCUCCGUUCAACAAUUAUCAUUUAUGGAAACAAAAGUUCAGAGAGAACUGCUACAAACGGGUGCGAGAGAACCGAACACGCUUACUCUGGAAAUUCAGAUGCAACGAACAGCAACAGGAUGAUACUCUGAAGUGUGCAUUGGAGGAUAUUGUAUUCGAUGAAUUCCACAAAAUGAAACGCAGGGACGAGGUGUUAUGGGAGUAUGAAGGUCCUCCUCUCACCACUUGCCCGGAUCAAUAUGAAGAAAUACUCUUAGAAAUGCAAAGGAUCUUUUACGAAGACCUCAAAUCCCAACCACAAGAGUUAGAAAGCGAUGUUGAAAUUUGGGAACAUGAAGUGGAUGAGUACCUGGCUCGUGCGGUUUAUGAGCAUAUGCAGCUAAAUGAAGACGAGGCAUAUGGGAAAGAGAUUUGGUGUCCCAUUUGUAAGGAAGGAGAGCUUAAAGAUAGUCACAAUCUUAUAUAUUGUACUCGUUGUGAACUUCAACUAAACAAAGCCAAUGAGCUUACUUUGGACUUUUUGCGAGAUCGGCUGGCUGAAGUCCACACGGAGCAUCUUGACAGAGGCUGCAGAUUGAAACCCAAAUUUUGUAUGAAGACAAAAUUUAAUUUAACUGCAUUGUACAUUUCAUGUGAAGGUUGCGAUACAUUAGAGGUUGUGAUAUAAGUAUCAGAGGCUCAAAAUAUAUCAGAAUUUUCUUUAUCCUUCA